GUUGUGUUUCCCAUGCAGGCCAAAGACAAGGAUGGAACGAGCUUUUUACUGUCUAUGCAUUUCCCCAAGUCAGGGAACAAGUGGGAGCUUUCACUCGAGACGCCUGGUAACGGCUGCAGGGAUCCAACCCUGGUGAGGUGGGAAGAAGACGAGGACGACGAAAGGCUCUUCAUGAUGGCUCAUUGUGCUGGAGGCUACUAUGACGUUUACAGGUCCACUCAGGAUGGAGGCAAUUGGUACACGUCGGGUGAGCCAAUUACCCGCGUGUGGGGCAACUCACACAAUCGAACAGGGGACGGCGUCCAGAGUGGAUUCACCACCGCAAUCAUUGAGGAAAAGAAGGUGAUGCUCAUCACCGCGCCGGUGUAUCCGAAGGAGGAAAAUAAAGGUGGAAAGGGUCGGCUCCAUCUUUGGGUGACGGACAAGGCACGUGUGUAUGAUGUUGGGCCGGUAUCCCGUGAAAAUGAUGACGCCGCCGCCAGCUCGCUGUUGAUGAAAGAUAAUAAUAAGGAGUUGAUCUCAGUGUACGAGAAAAAGAAGAGCGACGGAUCAUACAAUCUUGUUGCUUUGCGUCUGACCGGGAAACUGGAGCGGAUAAAGGAAGUGGUGAAGACAUGGAAGGAUUUGGACAGCGCCUUUGAAUCAUGCAGUUCCAGUUCCAGCGGCACUGUUGACUCGGUGGCAACAAAGGGCAUGUGCAAUGGUCCUGUUCCCACUGAGAGGCUUGUUGGCUUCUUGUCUGGUAACUCAACUGGGACCGAGUGGCGAGACGAGUACCUCGGCGUGAAUGCAACAGUGCAUGGCCCAGCGGAAAAAAGGAGAGAAGUUCCCAAUGGAUUGACGUUCAAAGGACCCGGAUCAUGGGCGGAGUGGCCUGUUGGCGACAUGGGGCAGACUGUGCCGUACUACUUUGCGAACAGCAAGUUCACUCUUGUGGCGACGGUCUCCAUCCACGAGGUGCCGAAGGAAGACAGCAGCCCCAUUCCUUUGAUUGGCGUGAGGAUGAAUGACACCAGCAGCACGGUGCUUUUUGGUCUGUCGUACACCCAUGACAGGAAGUGGCUGGCCAUAUCUGGGAAUUCUGGUAAUGUGGAGGAUCUUUUUGGGUGGGAGCCACACACAACGUAUCAGGUGGUACUGCGAAUGACUCUUGAUGAAUGGACUGUCUUUGUGGAUCAGAGGGAAAUUGACCGCAAGCGCUAUAAUAAGCAUCUGUUCGACUUCCACAGGAUCUCACACUUCUACAUCGGUGGGGACAGUAAUGACCAAAGUGCAACGGGCGGCCAUGUGACGGUGACCAACGUCAUGCUGUACAACGACGAUCUUUAUAAUAAUGAGCUGCAUAAACUCAAAGCCAGCAAAGUCACUGUUCCAUCACUUGGCGCUGAGAAACAACCCACAGGACAGGUGACCAGCACAGACGUUUCGGUUGCUCCCGAGUCAAAGAGUGAAGAAAUCACCGCCAGCUAUGCGAAAUUGAAUGAGGAUGAUCCUGAAAAACAACGAGGAAAAAACGGCGUCGAUGAUCCGGUGCCUGCAGCGCUUCCUUCCCCGGUUGUCGCGGGAUCAUCUGUUCCUGAACCUGCCAUCGCAGCGGAGAGCGCAGGGAAUGAUCGUCCAGAUGACAAUGCCCAGUUUCACCAGGGCAAAACGGCCCAGCAAGCCACGCUGAGUGAAGAGAAUAAAUCGGUGCAACGGGGUUCAGACUUGCAGCCACAAGACCCACAGCCAGCGGAAUUAACGGAGGUUACCGAUGUUGAAAUGUCCUCUGGAAGUUAUGAUGAAGAAAUGCCAGAGGAGGAGGGAGAAGCGGAUGACAGGAGUGGCGGAUCAACGUCUUCAGUGGGUGCAUCAUCGGAUAUGGAUACGGCCACCGAAACAGUUGACAGUGGGCACCAAGUGCAACAAAGCACUGAGCCUGCCACUGAAAACGACGACGUGCGGUCCACUGGAACCGGAACCACCGGCGCGGAGCAAAGCCUCAGCCUCGAGGCGGGGGACGGAAAUUCCGAGAGAACAAUGGGCUCAGACAGCAGCCUCACUCCUUCAAGGACUGACGCCGAACCGACAUCCGCGGAGGACACCGACGACGUCUCUCGGAAUGAAGGAAGCGAAUUUUCUUUUGAAGACGGCAAGGAGGUGCCACAGACGGUCGACACCAAACCGGAGAAUACAAACACCACGCCUGGAGGCGAAGGGAUCCCCUCAACAAAAGGCGCGGCACGACACUCGGACAACGACACCUUCACCGGGGAAAUUGCGGAGCUGCUGUCCAUGGGUCUAAACCGUGACAGCACCGUGCAUGUGUGUGUGUCUCGGGUGUUGUUGCUGCUUCUUCUGCUGGGGCUGUGGGGCAUUGUGGCUCUUUGA